AUGGCUUUUUGCUCCCUUUGUGAAAAACCGAAAAGUUAUUUUGACUGGUGUCCUAAAUGUGACUGUCAGAAAUUGAUUGAUGAAUUUUCGAAUUGGACUAGUGGAAAUAAAUACAUAGAUGAAUUUCUCCAAGAUAAUCAAAGAACUGCCAUUUCCUAUACUUCAUAUUUAGAAUGGAUUCCUUAUGACAG